CACGAAUACUGAAUUCGCAAUUGGCACGACGCAACGACCAUCACGCCUCUUACAAAAUAUCACCGAGUCCUCUCAUUCCUUCCGACAUCAAUAAUGACUUAAUACCCGAAACGAGGGCCAUUUACGUGGCAGUAUUCACAACAAUUACGACAAUGCCCGUCAGAAGAAAUCAAGGGCGUUCGCGCUAUGGCGCUGGCCCAGGACACAUUCACGACAAAACCAAGAAGAUCAAGUCUGCAGAGAUCUCGACCCUGCGAUCUUCAGAAAUCACAUCACAAAAUGAACGAACUGAAGCAACGCGAUUGGCGAAUCGUAUCGAUGACAGUCAGGGUUUCGAGCGGUUCGAGGCGGGCAAGAAACGCAUCGGAUGGCUAUGUAACAUGCACAGCACGGCGAUCGAAGAUUCCAAGACCCCCGGUGGGCGGGCGGCAGUUGACUUUUACUUCAUUGGCGAUAAAGGAGACACGUUCAAGGCGAGUGUGGAGUAUUUGCCAUAUUUCCUCAUUGCGGUAAAGAUGGGGAGGGAAGCGGAGGUUGAGGAGUGGGUCAAAAGAGCAUUUGAAGGCCUGGUCCGAGCUGUGGACAAGGUGGACAAAGAGGAUCUCGACAUGCCAAAUCAUCUGCUGGGAUAUCGAAGGACUUUCCUCAAACUCACAUUCGCCAAUGUAAACGAUCUGCUUGCUGUGCGGAGAUCUAUCAUGCCCAUCGCGGAAAAGAACAAGAAGAAAGUCAGCGCGAUGGACACAUAUGCAGAAGUAGCGAGCGCCAAUGCUGGUUUCGACAUAUUUGAAGACGAAGGUGAGCGAGAUCGGCGGCCGACUAGCGUUCUGGAGGCCAGCGACUUCAUUGUCGACAUUCGAGAAUACGAUGUUCCCUACCACGUCAGAGUCGCCAUCGACCUUGAUAUCCGGAUAGGAAAAUGGUACACCGUCGAGGCCAAGCACGGCCACGUCUCACUCAGCUGUAUUGAAGAACGUUUGCAGCGCGCAGACCCUAUUGUCUUAGCCUUUGAUAUCGAAACCACGAAGCUCCCCUUGAAAUUUCCUGAUGCGACUAUCGACCAGGUUAUGAUGAUUUCAUACAUGAUCGAUGGACAGGGUUUCCUCAUCACUAAUCGCGAGAUCGUUUCAGAAGACAUUCAAGACUUUGAUUACACCCCGAAGCCUGAAUUUGAAGGGCCAUUUCUUAUCUUUAACGAGCCAAAUGAGGAGGCUGUACUGGAACGCUUCUUCGCCUGUAUCAAGGAAGCAAGACCGAACAUCAUCGUGACCUACAACGGCGACUUCUUCGAUUGGCCAUUUGUGGAGGCUCGUGCAAGUGUCCAUGGCAUUGAUAUGUAUCAGGAGAUUGGAUUCCGCAAGAACAGCGAAGACAUUUAUCAAUCCACGCACUGUGCUCACAUGGAUGCUUUUGCGUGGGUGAACCGCGAUUCCUACCUUCCUCAGGGCAGUCGUGGUCUCAAAGCCGUGACCGUCGCCAAACUUGGCUAUGACCCAGACGAGUUGGAUCCUGAGCUCAUGACGCCUUAUGCUUCCGAACGGCCACAAACGCUUGCAGAGUAUUCGGUGUCAGAUGCGGUAGCAACCUACUACCUCUACAUGAAAUACGUGCACCCUUUCAUCUUCUCAUUGUGCACUAUCAUUCCUCUGGGCCCGGACGAUGUGCUUCGCAAAGGUACUGGAACUCUUUGCGAGAUGUUACUCAUGGUUCAAGCGUAUCAGAAAGAGAUCAUCCUGCCAAACAAACAUGUCCAAGCUCGAGAGUCGUUCUGGGAAGGGCACUUGUUAGAGUCCGAGACCUAUGUAGGAGGUCACGUCGAGAGUAUCGAGGCUGGUGUCUUCCGAGCAGACAUACCCACAAACUUUGCUGUUGACACGACCGCGAUCGACGAACUCCUUCGCGACCUCGAUUCAGCACUGGAGUUUUGCAUUACUGUAGAAGAAAAAAAAUCCAUGGAUGAUGUCGCAAAUUAUGACGAAGUCCGGUCACAGAUCGCUGAGCGACUCACCAAAUUGAGGGAAACGCCAAAUCGAACCGAAAGGCCACUCAUCUACCAUCUGGAUGUCGCCUCAAUGUAUCCGAACAUCAUGACCACUAAUCGACUACAGCCGGACAGUAUGAUAGACGAGUCUGUAUGCGCCGCCUGUGACUUCAAUCGUCCGGGCAAGACCUGCGACAGGCGCAUGCCGUGGUCAUGGCGAGGCGAAUUCUUGCCAGCCAAGCGAGAUGAAUACAACAUGAUCAGGCAUGCCUUAGAGAAUGAGAAAUUUCCAGGCAAGUUUGCGAACAGUCUGCCGCGUUCAUUUCAAGACCUCAGUCUGGACGAACAGACUGCACUAGUAAAGAAGCGCUUGACGGAUUACAGCAAGAAAAUUUAUCACAAAAUUCACGACACGCGGACGAUUGAGCGUGAGGCCAUCAUUUGCCAGCGAGAAAAUCCGUUCUACGUCGAUACCGUCAAGGACUUCCGAGAUCGAAGAUACGACUUCAAAGGAAAGCAAAAGGUCUGGAAAGGCAAGGCGGGCGAUCUUGAAAAAGCGGGCGCCCCGUCAUCAGAAGUUGAAGAGGCCAAAAAAAUGAUUGUAUUGUUCGACUCCCUUCAGCUUGCGCACAAGGUCAUUUUGAACUCAUUCUACGGAUAUGUCAUGCGAAAAGGUUCACGCUGGUACUCCAUGGAAAUGGCAGGUGUGACUUGUUUGACUGGUGCACGCAUCAUCCAGAUGGCUCGUCAACUUGUGGAACGCAUCGGCCGGCCUCUCGAACUCGAUACCGACGGUAUUUGGUGCAUCUUGCCGGCUACAUUUCCAGAGAACUUCGCUUUCAAACUCAAGAACGGCAAGAAGGUCACAAUCUCAUACCCAUGUGUCAUGCUCAACCAUCUGGUGCAUGCUAAAUUCACAAAUCAUCAAUAUCAGACAUUGGUAGACUCCAAUACGUUUAAAUACGAGACUCACAGCGACAACUCCAUCUUUUUCGAGGUUGACGGGCCAUACAAGGCAAUGAUGUUGCCAACUUCAAAGGAAGAGGACAAGAACUUGAAGAAACGAUAUGCAGUCUUCAAUGACGACGGAACGCUUGCAGAACUGAAGGGUUUCGAGAUCAAGCGAAGAGGAGAACUGAAGCUCAUCAAGAUCUUCCAGCAACAGAUUUUCAAAUUCUUUCUCGAGGGCAGCACACUCGCAGAGAUGUAUGCCGCAGUCGCCACUGUCGCCAACAAAUGGCUCGAUGUCCUCCAUUCUGCUGGGUCCACGCUUUCUGAUGAAGAGCUGAUCGAUCUCAUUUGUGAGAACAAGAGCAUGGCCAAGACUUUGGAGGAAUAUGGGGCGCAGAAGUCCACCGCGAUCACAACGGCGAAGCGUCUCGCAGAAUUCCUGGGCGAGCAAAUGAUCAAGGACAAAGGUUUAAAUUGCAAGUACAUCAUUUCAUCGAGGCCACGCAAUGCUCCUGUGACGGAGCGCGCAAUACCCGUGGCCAUUUUCUCCGCUGAAGAGACGGUCAAGCGUCACUACCUACGUAAAUGGCUGCGCGAGGAUCCAGGAGAUAUGGAUCCUCGAUCAGUCAUUGAUUGGCAGUAUUACCUAGAAAGACUUGGCUCGGUCAUUCAGAAACUCAUCACGAUCCCUGCUGCUCUACAAAAGGUCCGCAACCCGGUUCCCCGUGUGCCUCAUCCGGAUUGGCUCGACCGGAGGAUCCGCAUAAAAGACGAUGUCUUCAAGCAACAAAAAAUGACGGAUAUGUUCGCAAAGAAGCCCCUGGCUGAGCUCGAUAGUAACAUCAACAAUAUCCGAAGUACCGAUAUGGAAGACUUCGGCGCGACGCCCAUGUCAAAACUAAAACCUGCCGCUGCAGCUAAGAUUGUGAGCUCUCAAAAGCGCAAGGUAGCAGAGCCCGCUGUCCCUACCUCGGUGAAUCCGUAUGAUAGCCUUCCUGAUGUGAUGCCGUCAAUAACGGAUGACUAUCGAGGAUGGCUGAAAUAUCAAAAGAAGAAAUGGAAAAUUCAGAAAGCUGCGCGGGCACGCAGACGUCAAUUGUUCGGCGAGAAGAGGGCCGAUGCUAACGAUGCUAUUGGCACAUUCUUUCGAAAUCAAGCGGAGUUGCUCUACACAAGUGACUGGCAAAUUGUACAGCUCCGUGAGACAGAAGUUCCCGGAGAAGUUCGUGCUUUUGUCUUGAUCGAUAAGAAAAUGCAUCAGUUGAAGGUAGUCGUCCCAAGACAAGUGUACCUGAAUCUGAAGGAAGACGAUCUUCCGGAUGUAUCCAUCGACGGUGUUCACGCAGAGAAGAUUGUGAACCACACCCUACCAAACGGCCAUCCCUCGACACAUUUAUUCAAGCUCACAAUGAACGAACAAAUUUAUACCCGAGACGCAGAUCAGCUGGCUGCUCUGUUUCAUCACUCCAGUGUGGAAGGCGUGUACGAAACGCAAGUGCCUCUCAGUGUACGUGCGAUGCUUGAUCUUGGCAGCGUUUGCACUUUCGAUCAGAGUCAACGCGGAGUGUUGGGUCGAGGCUUGGAACAGGGCUUUGAUCUUUCGACAUUGCGAACAGUACCACCGCAAGAACCAUAUCUGAGUGCGGCAAGCGCAAUGAGCUACUACGCCCUCUACCACAUAAGUGCUGGUGAACGACAGGUCUAUGGUCUUUUCUCCUCAUCAAGAGCGGAGGCCAAGCUCGUGAUCCUCAAUCGAGCUCGGAGCGACCAGAGCAUGCCUAAUGUAGACCGCAUUUACGAAGAAAUGCUUGCUCGCAAAAUGGAGGAAACCGGAGGCGCACCAUGGCAAACGAUCAUGGAGUACCAGGACGCUAUUCACUUCCAAACGGUGCAGGUCACUACCCAGCGACGUGCACUGCAAGAACUUGGCGACACUAUCAAAAAGUUCCAGAAGGAGGAGGCAAGACCGACAAUGCUCAUUCUGCAGUCGCCAAGUGCACAGGUGCUCCUGCAUGACCUACCAGCGCUACAGAACUUCCCUGUCCUACACAUUCGCGCUGACGAGAACGACAAGAAAUUUCCUCCACUCGGAUGGCAAUCUUUCGUGGCGAAACGACUUGUCACGCACUACCUAGACCUUGGCCUCUGGGUUUCACAUCUGCUUGAAUUCUCGAGAUACGGUAACAUCCCCCUGUGCAACCUGAAAUUGGAUGACCCAAGGUAUUUGAUCGACAUCACGUAUGCUCGCAAGCUGCAGCAAGAACGAGUGAUUCUAUGGUGGUCGAACGAUGCUAGGCCAGAUCAUGCUGGACACGAGUGCGAUGAUAUGUUGAGUUCCAUGGAAGUCGUUGACAUGCCAGCUAUCAACACGCCAGGAACAUAUUCGUCAGCUUGCAUCGACUUGAAGGUGAAGAAUCUGGCCAUCAACACCAUUCUCUCUGCAGCUGUCUUGGACAAAGCCGAAGGGAGUGAUCCGAUGGGCAUAUCCGGCGCUGGUGCACAAGAAGAUGCUUUAGAUGAGACUGCACAGACCAUCCAAACGGAGAACGCCUUUGCUUCUGCCGGCAUUGGCGCAUUGCGUGAGAUGGUUCGUGGUUGGUGGCAGGAGGCCUGCAAGGGAGGCAGCUCGAUGGCGGACGUGCUGGUCCAGCAUCUUGUACGUUGGGUCGAGAGUCCAAGUUCCCAUCUCUACGAUCGUAACCUGCACUACUACGUACAAGUCAUGUCGAGGAAAGCUUUCCAGCAGCUCAUGUCAGAAUUUCGCCGAGUCGGCUCACACGUGGUGUUUGCCAACGCCGGCCGGCUUUUGAUUCAAACGUCAAAAUCGGAAGUAGGCAAUGCAUUCGCUUACAGCCAGUAUAUCCUCAAGACCAUCAGCUCAAAGCCAGCAUUCCAUUUCCUGGAUUUGACGAUCACAGAGUUUUGGGAUUAUCUUGUGUGGUACGAUGAGUUCAAUUACGGAGGAAAAGGCUGCACGGAAGUCAUCGAGGCAGACAAACAAUCUCUGGACACCAUCAUGCACUGGCAAAUUGCAAGUUUCCUGCCGCCGAUUUUGCAACCAAAUUUCAACGACUGGGUGGUAGAGUACAUCGAGCUGAUGCAUCAACGCAAGCGUCCGACCGCAGCCAUCAAUGAUACCCCACGAGCAACCCAGCUGCCAAUUCAUGCUCCGAUGUUCAACAGUGCCGAGAAGGACGAUCAAACCACUCCUGGAAACGUGCUUACUGUUACAAUUUCCAAGCCAUUGAAGAAGCAGAUCGCCCAGCUCAUCAAACGCCAACGAUUAGAAGCGGCGCACGAAGAGCUUCUGCAGGACUGGUCGUUCCCGAUCCUUCCGGGCUCUCAUUUGACCCCUCGAAACGCUGUGUUAGAGCUCGUCAAAGCUCUCAUGCAAGUACUUAGUCUCGACAAGACCAUCACCCUGGAAGCACGUCUGCUACGCAAGGAACUCCUCCAGCUUUUCGAGAUCCGCGAAUUCAGCUCAGACGGCGCCUUUGUCAAUCCCAGCAGUAGCCUCUCUCUGAAGCAGGUCAACUGCCCUGAAUGCUGCGUCCCUCGCGACAUCGAUCUUUGCAAGGAUGGCGACCUCUCAGUCGUCGUCGAGGGCAGUUCACAGUCAUUGUUGGUGGCCAAGUGCGAGAACUGUAGCGCCGUGUUCGACCGUCUACAUAUCGAAGAGCGAUUGUUGAGCGAUAUCCAAAAGAUGGGCGUGUUGUGGAUGACGCAAGACCUGAAAUGCAAAAAAUGCGCGCGGCUCCGGACGAAUGACUUUAUGGAACAUUGUGCUUGCGCGGGCGAAUGGACGGCUACAGUGAACAAGGAGGAUUUGUUGAAGCAAUUGCGAGUGUAUGGAAGUGUUGCGGCGUUCUAUGGGCUACGGAUGUUAGAAGUUGUGGUCAAAUCCGUCAAGGAUGGAUUGUGAUUUUCGGCUUGUUGAUUUUGAGAUGAUUCUUCCCCUCUCGCUGGCUCAAGCAGGAUACCUCUCGGCUCAGUUGUGCGUUUUUCCUGUUGGAUGGUGUUUAGCUGCGGAGUUCAGGAUUGAUAUUGGUCCCAGAGCGGACGUGGCACUGAAGCAUUGGCAUUUAAGCGACCCGAGACUUUUUUACUUUUUCAGUUGACGAUACAACAUUACAUUCAAUGGGAUCGUGUGAGGUGAUUUGGGAUACUUCAGCUUGAUCUAUCGAGUAGCUACUGGACAACGAAUUGUUCGGCGUGAGCCUUGUACAAGACACUCGAGUC